AUGGCACCAACCACUAAACCCAAAGUCCGCAAACGCAAGCCACGUGUAAGGAAGAGGAACCGUGGUAUUCGCACUCGCGAAGGUCACGCACGUUCAGCAGAUGCAGGCUCGCCAGUCCAACCGCGUGCCGAAGCCCUCAAAGAGACGAAGCGUCGUAAACCCAAAAAAAAUUGGGCGGCCCUCAUUCCUGUCUCUGAUGAUCCAUUGGAGGAGAACGUUGUUGAGAAAGUACCCCUGCCAGAUGGCUACAUUCUAGUCCCCAAGGGUAAUGUCUAUAUCACCCGACACUGUCGCAGUAAGACCAAGGAGUCCGAACAGAUUGUCUAUGUUGUUUACCCCCAGAACCGUACAGGCAAAAGAACGCUGGGUAUCCGAGUUCCCGAAGAGAUUUACACAGAGGUACUCGAAUCAGAUGCCGCAACAAAAGAGUCGCGGGCCAACGCCGUGCAGGUGCGCGACGCUAAGGACCUCUCCAAAUCCCAGAAACUCUUGAAGAACGAAUUCCCGCUGAUGCCCAAGGAAACCCUCAAAAUCGUCUUGGGUCAUGCCUUUCUUAAGGGAUCGGGACGUGUAGGGCGAACAGCGAUGAUCAGUGAUGAUCGAAAGACAAUUUUGGCGGUUGAAGCGCAUAUUCGGCAUGUCCACACCCCCUACGAGAAGUUGCUCGAGGAAGGCGUCAGUCGGAAGGAUGCUCGGGAGCAGGUCUGGCCUACCAUCCAGGCUGUUGAACGGGCGUGGCAGGGAUUUGAAAAGAGCGAGACUACAUUAGCAUUGCGUACGGUGGAUAAGUGA